ACCCCGCACAAUGUCUACCAAGGAAAUCAGCAAGCAGAUUAUCCAGCUCUUGGACCGUUUACCAGCGGAGCGCUUAAAGCACUACUCCUCGUUCAAGAGAGUGCAAACCAUCCGAUUCAAGAAGGAGGCGGGCAUCGCCUUGACCGCGGAGGAGGCAGCUCCUACCGAGAAGAGAACGUUAACGGACGUUAUGAAGGAGGUGACCUUCAAGCCGGAGACAGAGGUCAAGACUCCGUUUGUUGCGUUGACUGCCGAUGCAAUCCAGAGCCAGUUCUCGUCGUUGAAAAAGAUCAUGGACAACAAAUACCAGAAGUACUAUCAUAUUCCUAACGACAAGUUGUUGAACCCGAAGGGAAAUCCGGACUACUACACCAGAUUGUUGAGUGAGUUGAACGGUGAAAACAAGGAGACCAAGAUGAGUGCUGCCAGAACCGUCAUCUUUGGGAGAUAAACGCCCAUUCUCUCUGUAACAUAGCUACUGUAUAUACCGCCAACGUACGUUUUAUUUAUUAGUGUAUCCAGGAGGAGAAUAGUUUUGUGCCGUAUUAAGGACGCCCCAACUUCCGGAAGUAUCUCGUUGAGAGUUAUAGAGCGUGAAUAGGUUCCGGAACCUCGGCCUUCCUGUGGCAAGCUCAUGUUUUUAUAUUGAUGAAAACCCCAUAAAGCUCCAACACAGAUAUCAACAACCAUCGGAAAGAGCUAUAGAGUGUUCCAUUCCGAGAGCUUCGCGAACCUUUUUUCCGUGUCAAAGUCGCGUUUUGCAGAGACCUCUCCUAAUUUCCCCACAUAGGAGUGCUUGUUUUUCUUUUGUUCCAAAUCCAAUUGUUUCUAUUUAUUUCCCGAGCUCUUUGUUUUGUACUUGGU